AGCGCGAUUCGUCGUGGGUCCCAGCCUUCGGCGAUGGCCGAGGACAGCGUGUACGCGCGCCCCCUGGCGCUAACUUUGCUCACGCGCCUGCUGAGCGUCAGCGGAGGCGUGGUGGCGGUGCGCCGGCUCCUCUGGUGGGGGUUGGUGCGCGAGCUGGCACCGUACGCCAGUGGGCGCUACCUGCCCAGCGACUUGCAGGCGCUGGACCACUUCUGCGUGCGCCGGGUGGCCUCCAAGCUGGAGCUUGCCAUCAGGGCCGUCUACCUGUUCAGAGCGGUCACGCCCAGCGUUCUGUCCGCGGCCGAGGACCUGACGGAGCGCAUGCGCGCCGCCCUGAACAGGGCGCUGCGCUCUUCUUCGUGGCUGCACGGUCCGACGCGCAGCAAGGCGCUGAGCAAGGCGGCCGCCAUGGGCAUGACCCUGGGAUUCCCCGACCGCUUCUCGCGCGAGUCGCAGCUGGACGAGUACUUCGCCACGCUGGGUGACGUUCGCCCCGACAAAUCGCUGUCGUCGUGGCUGGCGCUGCGCCAGUUCCUGCAAGAACAGCAGCGCCGCGCUGGAGGCGACAACUGUUGACGUGGCUGUGACGCACGCGCACAAGGUGAACGCGUACUACCUGUCCGGCAAUCGGGUGCUGGUCCCGGCCGGCAUCAUCCAGGAGCCCGUGUACUUCCACGACGCUGCCGACGCCUACAACUACGGCGCGCUGGGAC